AUGUUGGCAAGACUAGCAGCUAGAGCUUCCGCAAGACCAAUGGCCACGAUCGGCCACAGAGCCGUCGGCAUCAGAUGUCUGUCGACCCCUGUUGACCCUAAGACCAAGGCCAACGCUCUGAUUGACUCGCUUCCAGGCAACUCGUUCCUGUCUAAGACGGGUAUUCUGGCCACCACUGCCGCCGCCUCUGUUUACGCCAUUUCGUCCGAGUUGUAUGUUGUCAACGACGAGUCUAUCUUGCUCGUGACUUUCCUUGGGUUCAUUGCACUGAUUUCCAAAGCCGUGGCUCCACUGUACGGAGAAAUGGCCAAAAACAGAACCGACCACGUUGUUGGCCUGUUGAACCAGGCCAGAGCAGACCACGUGAAUGCGGUCAAGACCAGAAUUGACCAGGUUUCCAACUUGAAGGACGUUGUUUCCACCACCAAGGCUCUUUUCGAGAUGUCCAAGGAGACCGCUGCUCUGGAGGCAGAGGCCUUUGAGUUGAAGCAGAAAGUCGCCGUUGCGUCCGAGGCCAAGUCUGUUUUGGACUCGUGGGUCAGAUACGAGGCUCAAGUUAGACAGCACGAACAAGAACAACUGGCAUCGACUGUUAUUUCCAAGGUGCAAUCCGAGCUGCAGAACGCCAAAUUCCAGGACAAGGUUCUUGCCCAGGCUGUCGAGGAGGUGGAGAAGCUUUUUGCUAAGGAGAAAUAA